AUGAUCCACGUCAUAUAGAACUAAAUAUUGAUAUAUAUUACACGUUAGUAAAAAUGAUUGACUCGAUUUUGCUUUAAUAAUAUUCAAUCAUGCCUAUUUUUCUCCCUUCCAACGGUACACAAUGCAUCUAUCCUCUCAGCAAUAAACACACCUCUGUUGUCCAAGCUUCAUUACGUGCUGUCCUUUGCAACAAAAAAUCUUGGCGCAAACAGAAUUCAAAUCCCACCAUUUACUUCCUUGCAUACACAAUUUCCUCUCCAUCUCUUUUCCUCCCUUUUUUUUUACAAACAUGUUUCUCUUUCAUCCCGGUUCGUAUCCUGCCGCAUUUGGUCCGUGCUUCAGGUCAGCUAUUUCCCCCCCGGCAGCUAGCAGGCCGUGUCUAUGCAACGUCUUUCCCGCUCUCCCGCCCUGACCCGCCGUUUUUAAGCUUGUAUUGCCGCGAAAAACGGGCGGAAGCUGUUUAUGCUAUUUCGUAUCGGUGCCGAGCCGGAUCCUGGUUAGCCGGCGUAAAGGGCCGUGCUGCAAAGUCUGUCGUGGUUCGUGUGAUGGAAGAUGAAUCCUUCCGAUUGUACGUCAGCACGGUCGCCUGAGAACUCCCUAGAUUUUGCAGAGCAUUGUCCUGUUUGGUUGUGUUAUUCGUCUUAUAGUACUGUGGAAAUCAUGCUGCAAUCUGUCAAAAUACAUCAUGUUCAAAGCAUACAUAAUCACCCAGAUCUUGCCUUGAUUGAGCAACUAAUUCGUA